AUGGCGUCUCAUAUCUAUUACAUAGUCCCUGAAUUAUUCUUCAAGAAACACCCUUCCCAGGUCUUCAUUGAUUCUCCACUGGUGGUGACAAAGUUCUACCAGCAUAUCCUUGCCUUGGUGUUUGCUGUUGAUGAGAUCAAUGAGAAUCCCAGGAUGUUGCCCAAUGUCUCUCUUGGGUUCCACAUCUAUGACAGCUAUUAUGAUUCCAAGAUGACCUACCAAAACACUCUGGACCUGAUCUUUAAAUCACAUCACUUUGUUCCCAACUACAGGUGUGGCAUCCAAAAAAAUGUAAUAGGAGUCAUUGGGGGACUUAGCUCUGAUACUUCCUGGUGCAUGGCAAACGUCUUAGGUCUUUUCAAGAUUCCACAGCUCCACUCAUUCCUGCAGAGAAUCUCAUUCAACAACAGUGCUGGGGAUGAAAUUACAUUAAAUGAAUAUGGAGAAUUAGCAGCUGGCUUUGAUAUUACUAACCUGGUCACUUUCCCAAAUAAUUCGUAUGUCAGGGUCAAAGUGGGAAGUUUGGAUCCUCAGGCCCCUCCGGGCAAAGAGCUCACCAUUAAUGAAGACGGAAUCAGAUGGCACAGGCGCUUCACUAAGGUGCCACCACAUUCUGUAUGUAAUGCCAACUGCCUUCCUGGUUACGGGAAGAAAAAGAAGGAGGGGGAGAAGUUUUGCUGCUAUGAUUGUGAUCGAUGUCCAGAAGGAAUUAUUUCAAAUGAGAAAGACAUAGAAACAUGUAUCAGUUGCCCAGCAGAUCAGUAUCCAAACAAUGACCAGGAUCUAUGCAUUCCGAAGAUUCCAAACUUCCUAGCCUUGGAUGAAACCCUGGCCAUUGUUUCAAUUUCCUCUGCAUUUCUAUUCUCUCUGAUCACAAUUCUGGUGCUUGGCAUCUUCAUUAAGCAUCGCAAUACAGCCAUAGUCAAAGCCAACAACAGAAGCCUCACCUAUGGUCUCCUUAUCUCCCUCCUCUUGUGCUUCCUCUCUUCUUUGUUGUUCAUUGGAAAACCUAAUAAGGUGACCUGCCUUCUCCGACAAACUGCUUUUGGCAUUGUCUUCUCUGUGGCCCUCUCCAGCAUCUUAGCCAAAACCAUAUUGGUGGUUUUGGCAUUCAUGGCUACCAAACCAGGAACCAAUAUGAGGAAAUGGGUAGGCAAAGAACUGGCUUAUUCCAUUGUCUUUUCCAGCUCCAUUGUUCAAGUUGGGAUCUGUGUCCUCUGGCUGGCAACCUCUCCCCCAUUCCCAGAUGUGGACAUGCACUCAAUGACGGAAGAAAUCAUAUUUCUUUGUAAUGAAGGGUCAGUCCUCAUGUUCUAUUGUGUUUUGGGCUACAUGGGCUUCCUGGCCACUGUCAGCUUCACGGUGGCCUUUGUAGCCAGGAAGUUGCCUGACACUUUCAACGAAGCCAAGUUCAUCACCUUCAGCAUGCUGGUCUUCUGCAGCGUUUGGCUCUCCUUCAUUCCAACCUACCUGAGCACCAGAGGAAAAUACAUGGUGGCUGUGGAGAUCUUCUCCAUCUUUGCUUCUGGUGCUGGGUUACUGGCUUGCAUUUUUGCCCCUAAAUGCUACAUUAUUGUGGUGAGGCCUGACCUGAACAAAAGAGAGCAGCUGGCCCAAAGAAAGGAUGUUCCGAAGGCAACGGGUGCAGAUUUUUUCUCAGGCUCUACACCCAAAGCCCUUUUCACAAAGGAGCAAAGCUGUAAAGCAGUGGUGGUUUAA